CCUGCGGCCUGACUCUGCGGCCAUUAAACCAGUCCCCAUUGCGCUGGCCUCCACUUGCCUACUUGGGGCGCGAGGAGGUUGGAGAGCUUUUUUCUGGGACCCAAGCAAAGGCAUCCACGCUGCUGCUAAGCUGAAGUUGAAGCUCACAUAUCCUGGAAAAUGCUAGCACCCAUACCGGAACCCAAGCCUGGAGACCUGAUUGAGAUUUUCCGCCCUAUGUACAGACACUGGGCCAUCUAUGUUGGUGAUGGAUACGUGAUCCACUUGGCUCCCCCAAGUGAAAUCGCAGGAGCUGGGGCAGCCAGCAUCAUGUCUGCUUUGACUGACAAGGCCAUAGUGAAGAAAGAACUGCUGUGCCACGUGGCCGGGAAGGACAAGUACCAGGUCAAUAACAAACAUGACGAGGAAUACACCCCACUGCCUCUGAACAAGAUCAUCCAGCGGGCUGAGAGACUGGUGGGGCAGGAGGUGCUCUAUAGGCUGACCAGCGAGAACUGUGAGCACUUUGUGAAUGAACUACGCUAUGGAGUUCCUCGGAGUGAUCAGGUCAGAGAUGCGGUCAAGGUGGUAGGCAUCGCUGGAGUGGGCUUGGCGGCCUUGGGCCUCAUUGGAGUCAUGCUCUCCAGAAACAAGAAACAGAAGCAAUGAGCUGAAUGACUGCCCAGUUUUGGGGCUCUUCUUUUGCUAGAGGGUUUGGAGUUUGAUUUAUAGAUUCUAUUGCUUUAUAAUUAGGUUUAUUUUCACAACAUACAAUAAACCACAAGAAAGGAAUUUUUGUGAGGA